GAAAUUUAUUUCCCCAAAAAAAAAAAAAAAGCUUCAAAAUUAAUAUUAUUCUUGUUGCCUUCAUUGACUCCAUUGACAUGAACUCUUUUUUUUCCCCAUUGUUUCUGUCAUCUUCCCCGAUCCACUUCACCUCUCUGUCCCGUUCGAGGCAUGGUCCGUCCUCCACUUGAAUGCAAAAACGAUCAAACCUUAGAUUGAUGGACGCCCUCCUUUCUGAUUUUGCUUUCACCACUCUUCUCAAUGCUUCUUUCUCCUUCCUGACCUCGAACGUCAACUUAUUGUCAGCAACACACCACCUUCUUCACCUUCUUUCUCGUCGCCCGUCCAGCAAGUCCCCAUGCUUCAUCUUCCUCUUCCUACUUGGACCGAACCUCCCUUUACCAACCGACCCGCUCGAGAACCUCCAACUUAUAAGCAGGCUACCGGUCUAGAAGCCUCCGCGAAUGCCUUGAGCUCGUCGACGGAAUUCCAUUACGGCUUGUCAACCCCGCCAAAGGACAUGACUGACCUCGCCUUCCCGCUCAGUCAUGGGGGGCACGGCUACAAAUUUCCUGGUCCCUUGCAUACAAACAUCAGCAACGUCCCUAUGGCUCCUUCGGUGUCAGAACCGAAGGUGGUCACUCAGGGCUCACGACAACAACAGCCUCCGUCACUGACGAGCCAGCUACCAGAAAGUGAACCCAAGCCAGCCAAGGAAAGCUCCAUUGCUAUCUAUCUUCAGGUCCCAUCAUCGAUCUGCGAGAAUGGAGGUAGCUUGGCGGAUUUUGCUGCUCAGAUAACUUGUCUCUUCUGGUUCGCUAAAGCCUCGAAACUCAAGCAAAUCGAAGAUGGAGCGUCCUCACCCUACUAUAAUCUUCCUCCCCUUGAUCCAGAGUCUAUGCCUAGCAUCGGGUUCAGGAAAUGGAUGACCACGAUUCUCUCCACAACACAAGUCAGUCGAAACGUUGUCCUUUUGGCUUUGCUGUUCGUGUACCGGUUAAAGAAGUUCAAUCCGUCUGUGAGAGGUAAACGGGGUAGCGAGUUCAGAUUGAUGACAAUUGCUUUGAUGAUGGGGAACAAGUUUCUCGACGACAAUACCUACACGAACAAGACAUGGGCUGAAGUUUCCGGUAUAGCAAUACAAGAAAUCCAUGUGAUGGAAGUCGAAUUCCUUAGCAACGUUCGGUAUAAUCUCUUUGUCACCAAGGAGGAAUGGGAGAAAUGGCACUUGAAGUUACGGAUCUUUGCUCAGUAUUUCGAUCGUGCGUCCCGCAUGCCCCAGGAUACCUUGUCCCAGCAACCCAGAACGCCAAUUCUUCAGAUCUCACCAUCCUUAACACCAAUGUCCGGUAGCCCUAUCACCCUUCCCCAGCCUAAAAUUCCGACUCUACCUUCUCCACCUGCAACGAAUUCUUCCGGGGUGUCUUUCCCACUUCCGAUCGUUCACUCACCGGCAACUGUCGAGCCCCUGAUGAAUAAUAGAAAGCGGAGCUGGGACGGACAGGCAGACGCUCACCCAGUGAAGAAGCUGGCAGGACCAAACAACCGUGUCCAGCCAGUAUCGUCCCAUGUUCUUUACCCGACUCCUGUACCACCACUAUCAACUUCUGCAUGCAGCACCUUGUCCAGUAUGUCAACUGGAACGGUAGGAUCCCAGCCAAGUGUCCGUGUUCCGCAGCUACCGACCUGUCAGCUUCCUACGCCUGCAUUGACGAUUUCUACCAAACCCCUCCCGUGCACUAGUGCCACCCUCUCCAACCAGCUGCCUGUCCCUGUAGCCCGUGCCAUGUCCGCCGUAUAUGCAGCCCCCGGUACGUGGCCUCAGCAACCAAUUACUCCGACAUCUUUGGCGCCGUUACCUAUCAACCUCCCGAGUGUCCCGGCCAUUAUCCCGGAUCUCAACAGGCGGUCGAGCCCUUAUCCGAUCAAUUCGUCAACGGAUAUAUCUCCUGCUCUCUCGGCCUAUUCGAGCCAUACUCCCACCCGUCUUUCACCAAUUUCGGUUCUGGAUCGAAACUCUCCGUAUCGACCAGUUCGGGCUGUCAACACCCUUUUGUAUCCUCCACCAUCUGCCUCCCUUCAGCAACCAAGACAUCUUCCCAUGGACAUGAUGCAUUACCAGCCACUGAGCAAGUCUAUCACUGAGCGUCGAACCGGCGUGUUGCCUUAUUACCCACAGCCAGACGGGUGGUCUGAGCAACCUUACACACCAACACGCUCUGUUCCUCGCAUGUUUCAGAGAACUGCCUAAAACGGCCAUGUUCCCUUGAAAGAAGACGCCUACCAAUGCCUUACCUCUCUCUAACCCUCUUUUUCCCGCCGCCUUGUACAGCAUUAUAUCUUUGAAGCCUAUUUCGUUUUGCAUUUCCCUGGCGUUAAUUUGUAGAUUGGAAACUGAUGCAUGUUUUAUACCACAUACGUUAUGCGAUCAUGACAAUUUUUAUCAGAGGACUUUUAUCUCUAUUCUGGCCUGCCCCGUUUAAGGUGAUGGGAGGUCCGGUCAUCUUUUCUUAUUCAUUUAUUAUUGAAAUUACUGGGUACUGGUCUGGUGCCCGGAUAUGGGGGAUGGGGGUAAGGACCACCACCGUUGCGAUAUCAUACAUCGGCUAUGAAUUUAGUUAUGUGGCAGCCGUGGACCGUGGUUUGCUACUUUUACUUUCAGAC